CCGGGGAAAUCUUAGCAAGAGCCAGGACAUCCUAACCCGGGCGGAUAAAAAGGGGAGAGGAAGCUCCUUCCACUCGCGCGAAAGGGCGUAUGGCCAUCUUAACCUCAACUCCUGCCGCUUAUUUUAGCAGCUGCAGGGCUUCAAAUGAGCUUCCAUCUCUUCAACAACCAACGGCUAUCAAAUCCCUCCAGAUUCCUCGCCUCGGACCUCUGUUUUGGCCAUGGGAAAAGGUUAAGAUCGGUGCAUUAUCGGUUUCUCCUAUGGGAUUUGGAACAUGGGCUUGGGGUAACCAGCUACUUUGGGGAUAUGAAGAAGCAAUGGACAGCGGUCUGCAAGAGACAUUUAAUUUGGCUGUAAACAAUGGGAUCAACCUUUUCGAUACAGCAGAUUCCUAUGGAACUGGCCGAUUAAAUGGACAAAGUGAAAGGCUUCUUGGGAAAUUCAUCCGCGAGUUUCAAGGACCAAAGAAAGUCCGAGAGAACAUUGUUAUUGCCACAAAGUUUGCUGCAUAUCCAUGGCGCUUGAUGCCCGGGCAGUUUGUGAAAGCUUGCAAGUCAUCUCUAGAUCGAAUGCAAAUUGAGCAAAUUGGAAUAGGGCAACUGCAUUGGUCAACUGCAAACUAUGCUCCAUUGCAGGAGUUGGCUCUUUGGGAUGGUCUAGUGGCAAUGUAUGAGAAGGGUUUGGUCCAGGCUGUUGGUGUGAGCAACUAUGGGCCAAAGCAGCUUCUUAAGAUUCAUGAUUACCUCAAAGCCCGAGGUGUUCCCCUGUGCUCUGCUCAGGUGCAGUUUUCUUUGUUGAGUAUGGGUAAUGAUCAAAUGGAGCUGAAGGCCAUAUGUGAUUCUCUUGGUAUCUGCUUGAUUUCGUAUAGUCCUCUUGGGUUAGGAAUGCUUACUGGGAAGUAUACAGCUUCAAGACUUCCACGUGGCCCACGGUCUCUACUAUUUAGCCAAAUUUUGCCAGGCUUGGAGCCUCUACUGAAUUCACUGAGAGAAAUUGCAGAAAGGAGGGGGAAAACUAUACCUCAAGUUGCCAUUAACUGGUGUAUCUGCAAGGGUACUGUACCAAUACCUGGCGUGAAGACAGUAAAACAAGCAAAAGAGAAUCUGGGUGCUCUUGGUUGGCGCCUCAGUUCAGAUGAGAUUUUUCAGUUAGAAUCUGCGGCACAUGAUUCUCCAGGGAAGAUGAUCCAGAACAUCUUUCAGACCAGAUAAGUAUUCUGUGAACUGCUCCCAAAUUCUCCUUGUAACUCGUCUGUAAUUUAUCCAAGUAUUUAUUUAUUUAUUUGACAAACAAAGAUUAAAGAGUGUCCAA